AGCAAGAUGUGGAAUACUCCACUUGUCUUGAUGUAUUGAAGUCGAAUUAUGAUGCUUGUUGCCAUAUAUAGGACUGUUUUUGGAAAAGGAUAUAUAUCCGUAGAUUAGGAAUUAUUAUGGAUUUAAAUUACUAAUUAUAAGUAAGGUUUCAGCCUCAAUCAUGAGAUGAGAUUAAAUUACUUUAAUAUAGAUAAGAAACUAUUAGAGAAGGAUAAAAAGAGGAUUAGAAAAUUGGAGAAAAGCAAUUUGAUAGUAAUGUUGAUUAGAUUAAAACUAAAUUUGAUCUAUUUGGAUUAGAUUAUGGGAAUAAUUGAAAAAACAAGUAGAAUUCACUUUUCGUUCCUAAAGAGUUGAAUAGGUAAAGUGAAAGAUUAAAAUCGAAAUCUAAUGAGUAAUUUCAGAGAGUGAAGUGUUUAUGAGUUGUAGGG